CGCUAAGUCAAAAGAUAGCAUGCACGAGCCACUUGAAUCUCCCUCUCACGUGAUGGCAGGAUGCCGUCCAUGACUGCGUCUGCAAUUCGAGAUCUCGUGGUUGUUUACACGCCGCCGCCCCGAUUCAUCCAGACUUGGCGAUCUGGAUUCAGCUCUACGAUGGCUCAUCCUCCGCACAGAGGUGCUAAACCCUCCGAAAAAGGCGGAAGUACGACGCUCAACGCAUUUGCGCUCGACAUUUCGCACAGCACCAGACGGCGGGCACAGGACUACACAUAGAGCAGCGCUUAUAUUCCAAUUCAAUUGCACUCGCUCGCGGCUCAGCUGCAAGGCUUGGCUACGAGGCCGUUGACUG